UCACGCUCUCUGCUCAUUUCCAGGCCGGCGUCGGAGUACUCUAGCCCGUCCGGGCGUCCGCUGAGCUGCGUGGUAGACGAAAACACGCCGGUGAUGACUCCCGUUAACGGGGCCGUGGCCAGCGGACCUCCGGGCGAACAGCGCAUCCAGGAGCGGCGGGUCCGAUCGCAGCGGCAUCGGAACUACAUGAGUCGAACGCACCUGCAUACGCCGCCCGAUCUGCCCGAGGGCUACGAACAAAGAACCACCCAGCAGGGCCAGGUGUAUUUCCUUCACACUCAGACUGGAGUCAGCACCUGGCACGACCCCCGAGUCCCCAGGGACUUAAGCAAUGUGAACUGUGAGGAGCUGGGACCACUGCCUCCAGGCUGGGAGAUCAGGAACACCGCCACUGGCCGCGUCUACUUUGUUGACCACAACAAUCGAACAACACAGUUCACAGAUCCACGACUGUCUGCUAACCUGCAUCUGGUGCUCAACAGCCCGAGUUCAAAUGGUUCCCGCGUGGCCCCGGACAGCCAAAACACUAACCUCAGCCAUCCACCACAGCUAAAGGACCAGGGUGGUCCCGGAGUCCCUCCGCAGGCUCUGUCUCCCGCUCAGCUACCCGAAGAGGCGGAGUGUCUGACGGUGCCCAAGUACAAGAGAGACCUGGUGCAGAAGCUGAAGAUUCUCCGGCAGGAGCUCUCACAGCAGCAGCCGCAAGCCGGCCACUGCCGCAUCGAGGUCAGCCGGGAGGAGAUCUUCGAGGAGUCGUAUCGACAAGUGAUGAAGAUGCGUCCGAAGGAUCUUUGGAAAAGACUGAUGAUAAAAUUCAGAGGAGAAGAGGGACUGGACUAUGGAGGAGUUGCUCGGGAGUGGUUGUACCUGCUGUCGCACGAGAUGUUGAACCCGUACUACGGCUUGUUCCAGUACUCCAGAGACGACAUCUACACUCUACAGAUUAACCCAGACUCUGCUGUCAACCCAGAACACCUGUCGUACUUCCACUUUGUGGGCCGCAUCAUGGGCAUGGCGGUGUUUCACGGCCACUACAUCGACGGAGGCUUCACGUUGCCGUUUUACAAACAGCUGCUUGGGAAACCAAUCACGCUGGACGACAUGGAGUCCGUCGACCCCGACCUCCACAACAGCCUCGUCUGGAUCUUGGACAACGACAUCACCGGGGUCCUGGACCACACCUUCUGCGUGGAGCACAACGCUUACGGAGAAAUCAUCCCACAUGAGCUGAAGCCCAACGGGAAGAGCAUCCCGGUGACGGAGGACACCAAGAAGGAGUAUGUCAGGCUCUACGUGAACUGGCGUUUCCUCCACGGCAUCGAGGCUCAGUUUCUGGCUCUCCAGAAAGGCUUCAACGAGGUCAUCCCACAGCACCUGCUCAAGGCCUUCGACGAGAAGGAAUUAGAGCUGAUCGUGUGCGGCCUGGGGAAGAUCGACAUCGCCGACUGGAAGUCCAACACUCGGCUGAAGCACUGCACCCCCGACAGCAACAUCGUCAAGUGGUUCUGGAAAGCCGUGGAGUCGUUCGACGAGGAGAGGAGGGCCCGGCUGCUGCAGUUCGUCACUGGCUCGUCCAGAGUCCCACUGCAGGGCUUCAAGGCUUUACAGGGUGCAGCAGGACCCCGACUCUUCACCAUCCAUCAGAUUGAUGCCAACGCCAAUAAUCUGCCCAAAGCGCACACCUGCUUCAACCGGAUCGACAUUCCUCCCUACGAGAGCUACGACAAACUGUACGACAAGCUACUGACGGCAAUCGAGGAGACGUGCGGCUUCGCGGUGGAGUGAGCGCGCGCGUUGACUCGCGCGCAACCGCACAGGACUCUGAUGAAACGUCAUCGACGCUGCAACGUGCCGGCUGGAUCGCCCCCCUCUGAGGAUCCAGCCUACAGUCUUCCUCUUCUCUCUUCCAUCAUCAUCAUCAUCAUCAUCAUCUGUUCAGGCAGCAGAGUCGUUGUUGCUAUGGUUGGACUUCUUGUUUUUGCAUUCAGAAAAAAAGGAACAUAGAUCAAAUUCAAUUAGGAAACUUUGUUACCGGGAAAUUGCUUUAAUUUUUUUUUUCCCUUAAACACACAAGAACAAAGAUCAAGUAUUGUUCCACCUGCAGGGUGACUGGAUCCGUCACCCUGCAGGUGGCCGAGUCGUUCCUCCUAACCCUCCCCGUCCUCAUGGCUGCAGAGCUGGUGCUGGAGCACCGUCGAUUCAUCCUACCUCAGUGGAAAGUGUUCGUAUUUGAAGUUACUCGUUCUAAAAUGCCAUCUUUAAAUUCAGACAGUGAUUCGUUUCUUCACACCAGCAGUCAUUUUGUAAGUUU